AUGUACGAGGGGAUUUUCCACUACUCUCCUAUACCUCUGCUAGUGGAAGCCUGCUGUAUAUACGCGUUGGUAGUCGUUUGUCUCAGUUUGACGGUCGGCACGCACAUUUUUCAGUUAAACCAAGUCGGCGCAACGUUUAGCACGUUUCGCGUGCAGUUUUUGGCGCAAUGUUUACUUGGAUUACCAGACCCAUUAGACCGGCUACUUGAGUGCUUAAUCACGGAGUCAAGGAGCGAAGCCGGUAAAGGUCGGUAG